AUGUUUUUUGGAAAAGUAUUGAUUACACUUGCAGCAGGAUCAUCUGGAGUAGUCCUAGUAUGCACUGUAACACAGAAAAACACUCCAACAUCAACUCUUGCACCCAUUUUUAUAUUGUUGUUUAUCCUUUCCUAUCUGGUGGCAUCAGUUAUUAUUGAGCCCUUUACGAUUGCAAUCGAAACGGUGUUUAUAUGCUUAUGUGUCGAUUUGGAAAAUAAUUCAGGCGGUGCAAAUGGAGCUGUAAGCACUAGAGGCCGAGAGGCAUUCAAAAAGUUUGAUAUUGUGAGUGUAGAUGGUCAGCGAUGA